AUGCCCAAAUUCUAUGCUGCUGCACGAUGGGCGCCCAAGCUCAUUCUGCUGCAGAUUUUGUGCAUGCAGUUCUCCCACUACGUGGCUCGAGGUCUCUUUUUAACCAUUUGCCACGGCGCCCACGUGACGCUUGAUCAGUUCUUUGCGUACCACACGCACACAAUCUCGAACGUCAACGGACUUAAGAACUGCUUUGCUGUCGUGGCUGCGGGCGUCAUCAGUGCCGUGUGUCUCGUGCUCUUUGUAGAGCGCGCCAAGAAGUGUCUGGACUUUGGUGUGACGCUGUACUUUAUCGACUUUCUGGCUCAGUGUUUUUAUUCUGAAUUUCCCAUGAGGUGGGACUGGUGGCUCGUGCAAGUCGGGGCAGCAAGUGUGACCAUUAUUUUGGGCGAGUAUCUGUGCUCUCGUCGUGAGCUGGAAGAGAUUCCGCUGGUUGAUCUCUUCAAAAAGCGUGCUUCGCGCAAAAAUUAG